AUGGCUCCAGGACGGAAGCUUUAUCCACGGGCGACCGUCAAGAAAAUCAUCAAGGCCGAGUCCGAUUGCAAUGUUAGCAAGGAUGCCGACGUCACGGUCAGUGAGGCCCCAAGCCGCCAGCAUCCUGGACGCAUAUUCGUCGACUAUAUCCGCUUCUUGCAGACUGUGGUGAAGGAAGCAGCAAUUGAGAGCAAAAAGGCUGGCGAGAAAGGCAUCACUCCAAGGAGCGUCAAGAAAGUCACGCCAGACUCGCUCUCCAAAUUCAAGCUAUGA